AUGUCGCUCGCACACACAGCUGCGGAGUACAUGCUGUCCGAUGCCCUGCUGCCUGACCGCCGAGGCUCCCGCCUCCAAGGACUGCGCCUGGAACUGCCCCUGGACCGCAUGAUCAAGUUCAUAGCCGUGGGCUUCCCCCUGUUGCUCAUGUCCCUGGCAUUCGCCCAGGAGUUCUCCUCUGGGCCUCCCAUCCGCUGCUUCUCUCCCAGUAACUUCAGCGCCCGGCAGGCUGCCUACGUGGACAGCUCCUGCUGGGACUCGCUCGUUCACCACCAACACGAUGAGCUUGGCCAGCACCACAUGAAGUCCCUGUGGCCUCACAAGGCCCUCCCCUACUCCCUGCUGGCCCUGGCUGUGGCCAUGUACCUGCCAGUUCUGCUGUGGCAGUAUGCAGCUGUGCCAGCCCUCAGCUCAGAUCUGCUGUUCAUCAUCAAUGAACUGGACAAAUCCUAUAAUCGCUCCAUCCGCCUGGUGCAGCACAUGUUGAAGAUCCAGCAGAAGAGCUCAGACCCCCAUGUUUUCUGGGAUGAGCUAGAGAAGGCUCGGAAGGAACGAUACUUUGAAUUCCCCUUGCUAGAGCGGUACCUGGCAUGUAAGCAGCGCUCACAUUCCCUAGUGGCUACCUACCUCCUGAGGAACUCCCUCUUGCUCCUCUUCACCUCAGCUGUCUACCUGUACCUUGGCCACUUCCACCUGGAUGUCUUCUUCCAAGAGGAAUUCAGCUGCUCCGUCAAGUCAGGGCUGCUACGUGAUGAGACCCACAUGCCCCAACUGAUCACAUGCAGGCUGACCUCUCUGUCAGUUCUGCAAAUUGUUAGUCUCUCCAGUAUAACAAUAUACACCCUCUUGGUGCCAGUGAUAAUAUACAACCUCACCCGACUAUGUCGGUGGGACAAACGACUCCUAUCCAUCUACGAGAUGCUCCCCGCUUUUGAUCUUCUCAGCAGAAAGAUGCUGGGAUGCCCCAUCAAUGACCUCAACGUGAUCCUUCUUUUCCUCCGAGCCAAUAUCUCUGAGCUCAUCUCUUUCAGCUGGUUGAGCGUCUUAUGUGUUUUGAAGGACACGACCACCCAGAAGCAAAACAUUGACACAGUGGUCGAUUUCAUGACAUUGUUGGCUGGCUUAGAACCCUCAAAACCUAAACAUCUCACCUACCAAGUACGUGAUGAAAACCCAUAGUUAAGAAACCACUGAGCAAGAAAUUUUAUGGAAAG